AUGCUGCGCACGGACCAGCUGCGCACAGACCAGCUGCGCACGGACCAGUGCGCACAGCCUGCCCUUAUCUCCCCAUGUCACCUUAGGUUUGAGCACUGCUCACCAUCGCUUCGGUUGGGUGGUGCGCACCCCUACUGUACCCCACGAUACGUAAAUAGCCUACUAUACAUCGCCAACACUAGAGAGACGAACUCUUCAGUACCUGCGCUUCACCUUGGUUCCUGCUGCAUAAUAGUCAAAAGCAGUAUUGGGCCCUACGUGAACUGCAAAUCUCAGUGUCAUCUCGGGCGCCGCCAAGUUCACGCAUUCGACUCUCAGGACCUCAUCGACGUCUACCUCCCAGACGGCCCUCAGCCCGCCCUCUACCAUCUCCCUCCAUACCCUGCGCCAGAGCCUGAGCCUGAGGAGGGUGCAGGUGAAGAAGGAGUCUCGGAGUCCGAGUCCGCGGAUUCUACUCGGUCCACCUCGCCGACAGCGCUCGCCCCCGCGUCAGCAGUCCCUGACGUACGUGACCCCCCCGCCGAACUUUCUCCAGUGCCUUCACUGCCGACUCUGCCGAGAGGCCGCUCAAGCACUCGCUCCUCUCGAAGUUCGACCAGCGGAGGGCCACCACAGCCGCCUCCGCCCCCGCAGCGUCCUCCGUCCCCCCUGAUGCCGAUAAUGUCUUCUCCCACGACCACCCCCAACAAGGAGACCCUGAAGCUCCUCCUCCCUCUCCGCUAUGACAGCAAAACCGUCAUUGAAUGUGACAGGUUCCUAUCGCAACUCCGCAUCUACUGGUUGAUCAAUACGUCAUUGACAACCAUCGAGCUGAAGGUGCAGGUGGUGCUUAGCCUGCUCGACGGAGAUGCCCGCGCCUGGGCCACUCCGUACUUCACCCAACUCGCAUCGGUGCAGAUGGGUGUACAAGGGGUCACAACCCCCUUCAGGGACGAAGCAGCCUUCACUGCCGCUUUCAAGGCUCGCUUUGGUAAUCUCGACGAUGAGGCGGUGAUACGACCUACAAAACCCUAA